UGAAUAAGCAAACAUCAGCACAAAAAAAAAAAAAAAAGUUAAGCGGGAGAAGAAAAAAAACGCUGUUUGGGCCCAGCCCAAAAGGUUCAUUAACAUUAACAACAAACCAAAUAGGUUCUAUUUUUUUUCAUCUUAAGGGUUUCUCAUCAACCAGCAAGAUUUCGCCCAAAAGCAGACAAGAGGAUCGCCCUGCGCUGACUAGGCUAGUCGGCAGGAAGCGACUGAUCGUAGCUGGGGUGCUCGGUGUCGUCAUGGUGUUAGUUCUGGUGAUUUUGAUCCCAGUUUUAGUCAACUCUGCUGGAACCUCGGCACAUUACGAGAUGCUCGGCACCUGCAGAAUGGUGUGCGACCCAUAUGGCACUAAAUCUCCAACAAGCACCGCAACAGCAGACACGGUGCGAGACAAUAACCUCAUGCAAUCAUUGCCAACUUUUAUACAAGGACCUAAAGGAGAGCCGGGGCGUCCAGGAAAGGCGGGGCCCAGGGGCCCACCUGGUGAGCCGGGGCCGCCCGGACCACCCGGACCACCCGGAGAGAAGGGAGAGCCGGGACGCCCCGGAUUACCUGGACCCCCGGGACCAAAUGCUGCAGGUGCAAUCAGUGCUGCGACCUAUAGUACCGUCCCUAAAAUUGCCUUUUACGCGGGCCUUAAAAAGCAGCACGAGGGUUACGAGUUGCUGAAAUUUGACGACGUCGUCACUAAUUUGGGGAAUCACUACGAUCCAACGACUGGAAAAUUCACCUGCUCUAUACCAGGGAUAUAUUUCUUCACUUACCAUGUGCUGAUGCGGGGCGGAGACGGAACCAGCAUGUGGGCAGAUCUGUGUAAAAACAAUCAGGUCCGCGCUAGCGCCAUCGCCCAAGAUGCGGAUCAGAAUUACGAUUAUGCCAGCAACAGCGCUGUUCUGCACCUGGAGCCAGGAGAUGAGGUCUACAUCAAACUGGACGGCGGCAAAGCCCAUGGAGGCAAUAACAACAAAUACAGCACCUUUUCUGGUUUUAUCAUCUACGCCGAUUAAGACAUACACCUUUCCCCUCUGAGCUACUCCAGCGCGUGUCCUCCUCUCGCUCACCUUUCCUUUUUAUGCCGGCAAGUCUCCCAGGGCCAGAGGCAAGUGACACACUCCCUCAUCCACAACAUUCUGUCACCAGAAGACGCUGGUAAGAAUGUGUGGCUGGGACAACACCGUUUCCUCCAAGUGUAAUUCGGAAACAGAAAGUCAACUUUUUCGGAAUUACAAGUGAUAGUCCCGCGUAAAUAGAGGGAUACAGCAAAACAAAGAGCAGCAACCCGAAAAUCGAAAAAAAUCUCGACUAAAACGCGCGUACGUGUAUUAUGAAAGCAGUUACUGUUGUAGCCAUGUGUAAAUUGAUUCUAUAGCGGCAAAAUACUUUUUAUAAGAUGAAAACUGAGAAACUAGUAUGUGCAAUAACUUUAACAAUUAUAAUACUCAUAAUUCCGAUGCUCACUGCAUAUCAAGCUUUUUAAACAUCAAGCCGCAACCCUGAUGCCUAAUUUAGUUUAUGAAUGACGUUUAACUAUGUUUAUGACUCAGAGUCGUAUCUCAUAUAUCCCAGGCUAAACUACGAAUUACUGUCAUAUACAUAACGCAAACAGAGAUCAGUAAACCUCUCUGGAUGAGCGGUAGAAGAGCUGUCUUGGUAAAUAAGAGCAUUAUAACUAAACAUCUGAUGGAUUAUUGUUGAGGUCAAAUCUUCUCAUUGUGAUGUAUCCUGUUGCUUUUACUUGGUUAGAGCUGACUGAUCCAUGACAUGUAGCAACUGAACAUCUGAACUUUGUAAUAUAUUGUUAAAGUUCUACUAAUGUUGCCAUUGCACACGGAAUGGUUGUUGGAUUUAGCACACUGGGUAGAAGUGUAAAAUAAGAGCUGAUCUUUCUAAUAGGUAUUCAUGGUAGGCUAACUACAAUGCAGCAUGACUUUCAAUGAAUUAUUCAUACCAGAGUUAUAUAUGACUUCAGUAUAGUCAGUUUCUCUUUUAUCUCCAUACAUCAGCUAAAUAUAUUACAAGGCUCAGAUUCAGCAGCGUGAUGAAGACACAACAGUAAAAAUACUGUCUUUACAUAGACUUCCUGAACUGAGGCUGAACAUGCUUUGUGAUAUUAAGAAUACUAUGGAGAAUGUACUUGUUGAUAUGUAAAUGUGUGUCUAUCUAAAAGGGAAUCAGCGAAUGUGACUACUGAUAUCACUACUUAUUUUCUAUGUACAUAUUGUAGUUGAUUUAUUUUUUCCCUAAAAUAUACAAAUGCCUACAAAGCACUGGAGUGUCUCAGUAUUUUGGGAAUAGCGUAUUGAAAUCUUUGCAUUUUACAUUCAGAAAUACAGUGUGUAUGAAUUAUUGUGUAAUGACUUAAAAUCAGAAGAUUAAAUUUUUAUUUUUAUUAUUUUUUGGAUUCCCAGAGUGCACUUCAUCUGUAUAGAA